CUGAGUGCUGUUUCUCCAUUGUUUUCGCAAGUGACUUCGGACACCUCUCCAGGGUCCUCGCAGCCGAGUGACGUUUCUCCAGUGUUUUCGCAGUGUUUUCGCAGCUUAUUGCAGAUGCAUCUUUUCAAGGGUCAACGCAGCUGGCUCCCGGAGCCUCUUCGCCAGGCUCAACGCAGCUGGCUCCUGUUUCCUCGAUGGCGCCCCCUGACGGCGCUCCUGUUUCCUCGAUGGCGCCCCCUGACGGCGCUCCUGUUUCCUCGAUGACGCCCCCUGACGGCACUCCUGUUCCUGUGUUGGAGUACCCCGUCGGCGCUUCUGUUCCUGUGUUGGCGCCCCCCGACGGCGCUCCUGUUCCUGUGUUGGAGUCCCCCGAUGGCAUUUCUGUUCCUGUGUUGGAGUUCCUCGAUGGCACUCCUGUUCCUGUGUUGGAGUUCCCCGAUGGCGCUCCUGUUCCUGUGUUGGAGUCCCUCGAUGGUGCUCCUGUUCCUGAGUUGGCAGCCUGCGUCCCACCAUUUUUACCACGCCUGCCUGAGGACAUUUUAAAUGACUUUGAAUUUGCCCCUCAGGGACCAGGACCUCCUUGUGUGUUUUCUGUUUUGUAAAGGCACUCCUGGAGUAGUGCCUUUGGGGGGGGCAUCUGUCACGUUUUGAGCCUUUGUGUGUGCUCCUGAGGUGCCACGCCCCCCUCACCAUGAGCACACUCAGUCUCCUGAUUGGCUCCCUGAGCUAAUCAGCCUCAGCUGCUCCUAAUCAGGGACGAUUUAAAAGGAGAGCUGAGGAACAGACUGGCGGGAGUUAUUUUAGUUUGCUUAGGUUUGGUGUGCUUUGGUAUUGUUUGUCUGUCUUUGACUUUAGGAACCCUUUGUACCAUGGUGGUUGGUUUAUUAGCUUAUGUGGUAAGCUCAUGUUAUUAGCUCAUGUCAAUAGCUUAUGUUAUUAGCUCAUGUUAUUAGCUUAUGUGGUAAGCUCAUGUUAUUAGCUCAUGUCAAUAGCUUAUGUUAUUAGCUUAUGUUAUUAGCUUAUGUGGUAAGCUCAUGUUAUUAGCUCAUGUCAAGAGCUUAGGUUAUUAGCUCAUGUUAUUAGCUUAUGUGGUAAGCUCAUGUUAUUAGCUUAUGUUAUUAGUUCAUGUUAUCAGCUUAUGUGGUAAGCUCAUGUUAUUAGUUCAUGUUAUUAGCUUAUGUGGUUAGCUCAGGUUAUUAGCUCAUGUUAUUAGCUCAUGUUAAUAGCUCUUGUGUGCUUUAUUUGGUCUGUGUCUUUUGUUUAGUUUUCUUUAGCUGUGUUUAGUUUAGGUUGUUCUUGUUUGUACUUUGUUAUUAAUAAAUUUAGUUUACAUCUCUG